AUGAGCACUACAGGUGUCUUGCCGUUCGUGCGUGGAAUAGAUUUCACGAACAAUGACUUCAGCGAUGAAAAAUUUCCGAAAAACAUCAAACACAUGUCCGGGGUCCAGUGGCUCAAGCUGGACCGUACCGGCAUGGAUACGAUACCGGACGAGAUGGGCAAACUGGUGAAGCUGGAACAUCUUUCGAUGAAGAACAAUCAGUUGGAAAAGUUGUUCGGCCAGCUGAGCGAACUCGGCUGCUUACGGUCCCUGAACGUUCGGCGCAACAAACUGAAAAGUCACGCAAUUCCGUCGGAUUUGUUCGAGCUGGAAGAGUUGACCACGCUCGAUCUAUCGCACAAUCGCCUCAAGGAAGUGCCGGAAGGUUUGGAGAAAGCGAAAGCACUUCUCGUACUGAACUUGAGCAACAAUCAGAUUGAAUCCAUUCCACCGUCGCUAUUCAUCAAUCUUACCGAUCUGCUGUUUCUCGAUCUGUCCAACAAUAAGCUGGAAACGUUACCACCCCAAACGCGCCGUUUGUCCAACCUUCAGACGCUCAUACUGAACGACAAUCCGCUCGAGUUGUUUCAGCUACGGCAACUACCUUCCCUGCAGAGCUUGGUUUGCCUGCAGAUGCGAAACACGCAGCGUACGAUUAACAACUUUCCGGCCUCACUCGACAGUCUUUCCAACCUGCAAGAGCUGGACCUGUCUCAGAAUGCACUGUCCAAGGUACCGAGUGCUCUGUAUAAUCUUGCCAAUCUAAAGCGCCUCAACCUGAACGAUAACGUACUCGAGGAACUAUCGCCCAUGAUCGAGAAUCUGACCAAGCUGGAAACGUUAAACCUUUCGCGUAACAAGCUAACCGCCCUUCCGGCAACGUUGUGUAAGCUGCAAGAGUUACGUCGGUUGUACGUGAACGAUAAUUUACUCAACUUUGAAGGAAUCCCGUCCAGCAUUGGUAAACUCAGCGCGUUGGAAGUGUUUUCUGCCUCGAACAAUGAGCUAGAAAUGGUCCCGGAAGGAUUGUGCCGCGGCUGUGGCUCGCUAAAGAAGCUAAAUCUUAGCUCGAACAAACUGAUCACACUGCCCGAAGCUAUCCAUCUGCUGACCGAUAUGGAACAGCUGGAUCUGCGAAACAAUCCCGAGUUGGUGAUGCCACCGAAACCGAUCGAAGCGCAGCGCGGUGAUGGUUUGGCCUACUAUAAUAUAGAUUUUUCGCUUCAAACUCAGCUACGAUUGGCGGGCGCGAACGUUCCGGCCCAGGUCCAAGGGGCGGCCAACGCGGGAAAGGAUCCAAUUGCGCGUAAACUACGGCUAAGGCGCGGUGCACGCAACGAUUCGUCCGACAAUCAAGAUUCGGCCAAAAUUCUCAAAGGCAUGCAGGACAUUGCGAAGGAGAAAAACAACGGGCUUGGGUUCGGGGAGGAAAAGGUGGAAAAUUUAAAACCGAAGCGUUGGGACGAAACGCUCGAAAAGCCACCGGUUGACUAUUCGGAAAUUUUCGAAGACGAAGACGGCCAGUACCCGGGUCUAACGGUGUGGGAGAUUGAAAACUUUCUGCCCAACAAAAUCGAGGAAGCGGCACAUGGGAAGUUUUACGAGGGUGAUUGUUAUAUCGUGCUGAAAACGUCCCACGACGACAGUGGCCAACUGUCGUGGGAAAUUUACUUCUGGAUCGGUACGAAAGCGACGUUGGAUAAGCGGGCCUGUUCUGCAAUACAUGCAGUCAAUCUUCGCAACUACCUCGGGGCCCGGUGUCGCACGAUCCGCGAAGAGCAGGGUGAUGAGUCGGAUGAGUUUUUGGCACUGUUUGAUACGGAUGUAACGUACAUUGAGGGAGGCCGUACACCGACCGGAUUCUAUACGAUCGAAAAUGCGGUUUACAUUGUGCGGUUGUACCGGGUGCAUGAUGCUGGUCCAAACAUUCACCUAGAACCGGUCCCGGUUAGUUACAAGUCGCUUGAUCCGGGUUAUGUGUUCCUGCUCGACACGGGGCUGAAUAUAUUCGUGUGGUAUGGCACACGGUCGAAGAACACACUGAAAUCGAAAGCCCGCUUUACGGCCGAGAAGAUAAACAAGCACGAACGGAAGAAUAAGGCCGAAAUCUAUCAGGAGUAUCAGAAGCAGGAAAGUUUAGACUUUUGGCGCGCGCUUGGAUUCGCCGACGGACAGGGACCACAGGACGAAGAUGCGGAACACCUGAACCAAUCGCAUGUCGAUCCGGACUUUGUCCCGGUACCGCCGCGCCUUUAUCAGAUCCAGCUCGGCAUGGGCUAUCUGGAGCUGCCACAGGUUGAACUCCCCGGUGGCGGUAGUAACAAAACGCUUACGCACACAAUACUCGCGAGCAAGAAUGUGUACAUCCUGGACUGUUACCUGGAUUUGUUCGUGUGGUUUGGUAAAAAAUCAACACGUCUCGUGCGGGCUGCGGCCAUCAAACUUUCUCAGGAACUUUUCAGCAUGAUCGAUCGGCCGGACUAUGCGAUGAUAACGCGCGUACAGGAGGGCACCGAAACGCAAGUGUUUAAAUCGAAAUUUACCGGCUGGGAAGAGAUUAUUGCGGUGGAUUUUACCCGCACGGCUCAAUCGGUUGCCCGUACCGGUGCGGAUCUAACGCAGUGGGCCAAACAGCAGCAAACGAAGGCGGAUCUGGCCGCGCUGUUUAUGCCCCGCCAACCGGCAAUGACACCGAUGGAAGCGGCCCAGCUGGCCGAGGACUGGAACUACGAUCUGGACGUGAUGGAACCGUUUGUGCUGGAGAACAAAAAGUUUGUCCGCCUGCCGGAGGAAGAGCUCGGUGUGUUCUAUACCGGCGAAUGUUAUGUGUUUCUUUGCCGCUAUUGCUUGCCGGUGGACGAUGAUGAUGAUGCGGAUGGUGAUGAAGAUGAAGCCGAUUCGGGAGCUGCCGCGAAUGGGGCAAACGAAGGUACCACGGCUCCGGUCAAGAUGAAACAGCUCGAUCCGGUAGCGACACCGGCGGAAGAGAUCCAGUGCGUCGUGUACUUCUGGCAGGGUCGAGAAGCGGGCAAUAUGGGUUGGCUAACGUUUACCUUUACGCUGCAGAAGAAGUUUAAAUCCAUGUUCGGCGAAGAGCUGGAGGUGGUACGGAUACAUCAGCAGCAGGAAAAUUUGAAGUUUAUGUCACACUUUAAGGGGAAGUUUGUGAUUAAAAAUGGCAGACGCAAGGAACGGUUGCGUACGCCUGAAGGUAAACUACCGGUAGAGUUCUACCACCUACGAUCGAACGGAAGUGCACUGUGUACGCGUUUGAUUCAGAUCAAGCCGGAAGCAACCGUGCUGAAUUCGGCCUUCUGCUUUAUUCUUUUCGUUCCGUUCGAAACGGAUGAUGAUUCCGAGUCGGGUAUCGUGUAUGUGUGGAUGGGAUCCAAAACAACGGGCGAAGAAUCGAGACUGAUACAGGAAAUUGCGGAGGAUAUGUUUAACAACCCGUGGGUUAGCUUACAGAUUCUACACGAAGGUGAAGAGCCAGAAAACUUCUUCUGGGUUGCACUAGGUGGGCGCAAACCGUACGACACGGAUGCGGAGUACAUGAACUUUACUCGUCUGUUCCGUUGCUCGAACGAGAAAGGUUACUUCACGGUGGCGGAAAAGUGUUCCGACUUUUGCCAGGACGAUCUGGCGGACGACGACAUCAUGAUACUGGACAACGGGGAACAGGUGUUCCUUUGGCUGGGAUCGCGUUGCAGCGAGGUGGAAAUCAAACUGGCAUACAAAUCUGCCCAGGUUUACAUUCAGCAUAUGCGCAUCAAACAACCCGAACGACCGCGGAAGCUAUUCCUUACGCUGAAAAAUAAGGAAUCGAAACGUUUCACCAAGUGCUUCCAUGGGUGGAGUGCACACAAAAAGCCACCGGAGUAA